GUUUGUGAGUGUAGAAGUAUUGAUCAAUGCUGUAUUAUAGAUGUAUUUUCUGCUGAUGUCGCUCAGAAUGGCUCCUCGUCUUCCUCUGAUCUUUCUGCUCAUGAUUCACGGUGUAUCUAGUGCUGGUUGGUCUGUGAGAUACAGUUCUUCACACAUCUGUGCUCUAAAACACUCAUCAGUGAUAAUGAGAUGCACUUAUACAUACCCUCCUGGACAUCAGAUCAAGAAAGUGUUCUGGACCAAAAACCUGGUAAAGGAUGUAGAGCCUCCAGAUCUGUCUAAGGACCUUGAAUACAGUCAGAGGUUUCAGUAUCUGGGAGAUAAACAGAAGAACUGCACCAUGAGACUGAGUCAUGUGACACAGAAAGAUGAACACAAGUACUAUUUCAGAUUCAUCACUGAUGAAGAUAUGAAAUGGACUGGUCGUCCAGGAGUGACUCUUACUGUUUUAGAUCUUCAGGUGGAGUCUCCUGAGAGAGUGACAGAGGGAGAUUCAGUCCGUCUGACAUGUAAAAGCAGCUGCGCUCUGACUGACAGAGCAACAUUCAUCUGGUACAGAAACUCACAGCCAUUAACUGAGAGAAGAGACAGAAACAAUAUACUCCUGCUGCAGUCAGUCAGAAGAGAGGAUGCAGGCAGAUAUAGCUGUGCUCUACAGGAACACACUUACAUCUCUCCUGAGGUUUAUCUCAAUGUCACGUACCCACCAAAGAGUGUCUUAGUGUCCAUCAGUCCAUCUGAAAUAGUGGAAGGAGAUUCAGUGACUCUGAUCUGCAGCAGUGAUUCAAACCCACCUGCAGAAAUCAGCUGGAUUAAAGGAAGAACAACUGUAGGAUCUGGAAGAAUCUACAACAUCUCAAAGAUCAGAUCUGAUCACAGUGGAGAAUACAAGUGCAAGUCCAGAAAUGAACAUGGAGUGAAAUACUCUGAAGCUGUGACUUUAAACGUCAUGUACCCACCCAGGAACGUCUCGGUGCUCAUGAAUGGAUCUGGUGAAAUAGUGGAGGGAGAUUCAGUGACUCUGAUCUGCAGCAGUGAUUCAAACCCACCUGCAGAAAUCAGCUGGAUUAAAGGAGGAACAACCGUAGGAUCUGGAAGAAUCUACAACAUCUCAAAGAUCAGAUCUGAUCACAGUGAAGAAUACAAGUGCAAGUCCAGAAAUAAACAUGGAGAGAAAUACUCUGAAGCUGUGGCUUUCAACAUCAAGUACCCACCCAGGAACGUUUCAGUGUUCAUGAAUGGAUCUGGUGAAAUAGUGGAGGGAGAUUCAGUGACUCUGAUCUGCAGCAGUGAUUCAAACCCACCUGCUCUGAACUUCUUCUGGUUUAAGGAGAAUCAAAGCUCAUCUGUUGGAUCUGGACAGAGUUUCAGUGCACUACAGAGUGGACGCUUCUACUGUGAGGCUCACAAUCAACACGGAUCUCAGAGAUCAGACGCUGUUUCUGUCACAGUUCAUCCUGGUGACGGUCAGAAUGUGAUUGUGAUCACAGCAGCAUCUGGAGGAGGAUUAUUCAUCAUCAUCAUCAUCGUCAUCAUAAUUGUUUAUCACAGGAUGAAACGACAGGAUGUUAAUUCUGAAGAUUUUACAGUCAAUGAGAAUGAUCUCUAUUCUUACACGUCUCAGAGAGUCUCAGAGGCUCUUUCUGAACCUGAUAGAGUCAGUGAUGCUCUGUAUAUCAAUGUGAGCCGAUUGAGAGGAAAAACUCCUGAAUCCAGAGACACUGAGGAGAUCCAGUACGCAACUGUCCAACAUCACAGAAAGAAAGAGACGAACAGACCGGAAGAUAAUGAAUAUGUAGAAACCCUGGAAAAGCCUUCAGUGAUCUACAGCGGCGUCAGAUGAGAGAUGUUUUCUGCCGUAUUGUGUAUUAAUGCAUGCUUUAUUAAGAGUUUCUGCUUUGGUUUGU